AUGGAUACCCAGCUGCGUGAUGAGGCCGCGCAGGAUCGCGUGCGGGCCGCGAAGGAAUUUCUCGAUCCCACCGAUAACCGCGCACGGAGCUAUCGAGCCGAUAUUGUGGUGAUGCUCAAUCGUGGUUCGCGCCGUUUGCUGGUUGAUCUCGAUGACCUUCGCCAACAUAGCCGGGAGAUGGCUGAUGGACUUCUCACAUCUCCCUUCGAAUACACACAAUCCUUCGAUGCCGCCCUGAAAGACGUUGUGAAGCAUGUGAUGCCCGGAAAAAAGGAGUCAGCGGACGAAGUGGUUUACUAUUGCGCUUUCCACGGAGCAUUCGGAGAGUACUCCUGCAACCCUCGCACACUGGGCUCUCAGCAAUUGAACCGCAUGGUGGCCCUCGAGGGAAUCGUGACAAAAUGUUCCCUAGUCCGACCAAAGGUGGUUCAGAGUGUUCACUACAGCGAAAAGAAGGACCGUUUUCUUGCCCGAAAGUACCGCGACCAAACUAUGACCGCCAGUGGUGCCACCAGCCUGAACGUCUACCCCCAAGAAGACGAGGACAAGAACCCGCUCAUCACUGAAUACGGCUACUCUACUUACAUGGACCACCAAUCGAUUUCAAUCCAAGAAAUGCCCGAACGAGCCCCAGCCGGACAAUUGCCCCGCAGUGUUGAUGUGAUUCUUGACGACGAUCUGGUCGACACGGCCAAGCCUGGUGACAGAAUUCAACUGGUCGGUAUUUACCGCACCCUGGGUAAUCGCAAUGCAGGCUCUGGGUCCUCCACUUUCCGAACUGUUGUUAUGGCCAACAAUAUUAUUCAACUAUCUUCUAAGUCUGGCGGUGGUGUUGCCCAGGCCACCAUUACCGACACCGACGUCCGCAAUAUCAACAAAAUCUCCAAGAAGAAGAAUGUUUUCGAGCUAUUGUCUCAUUCUUUGGCACCCAGUAUCCACGGACACGACUACAUCAAGAAAGCUAUUCUACUAAUGUUGCUUGGUGGUAUGGAGAAGAACUUGGAGAACGGUACUCAUCUUCGUGGUGAUAUUAACAUUCUGAUGGUCGGUGAUCCUUCGACUGCCAAGUCCCAGCUGCUUCGAUUCGUGUUGAAUACCGCCCCUCUUGCUAUCGCCACAACCGGUCGUGGUUCCUCUGGUGUCGGUUUGACUGCGGCUGUUACCUCAGACAAAGAGACGGGCGAGCGCAGACUGGAGGCUGGUGCCAUGGUUCUGGGUGAUCGAGGUGUGGUCUGUAUCGAUGAGUUCGACAAGAUGAGUGAUGUCGAUCGUGUUGCCAUUCACGAAGUCAUGGAACAACAGACUGUCACCAUUGCCAAAGCUGGUAUCCACACUAGUCUGAACGCACGAUGCAGUGUUCUGGCCGCUGCCAACCCUAUCUAUGGACAAUAUGAUCCCCACAAGGAUCCUCACAAGAACAUCGCUCUCCCCGACUCCCUUCUCUCUCGUUUCGAUUUGCUCUUUAUCGUGACAGAUGACAUAGAGGAUGCGAAGGAUCGAAUGAUCUCGGAGCACGUCUUACGCAUGCACCGUUACCGUCAGCCUGGAACUGAAGAGGGAGCCCCAGUCCGUGAGCAAAUGAAUCAAAGCCUCGGUGUUGGCAACGAAGAUCGCGGAGAGAAGAACCACACCACAGAAGUUUACGAGAAGUUCAAUGUUAUGCUCCACGGCGGAAUGAUCAACACAGCCCGAAGCCGCGGCAAGAACAACGUGGAAAUCAUUAGCAUUCCCUUCAUCAAGAAGUACAUUCAGUACGCCAAGUCUCGAGUCAAGCCUGUCCUCACCAAGGGUGCUGCGGACCAUAUCAUUGCCGUUUACUCCGCUCUACGAAACGACGAGCUCCUCGGCAACAAGCGUCGCACUUCCCCAUCACACCCCGCGCGCCUUUCAAACAGAGUCGAUGAUAAGGAUGCUAAGCAUGCGGAAGCUAUUCUGCGUUUCGCUAUGUUCAAGGAAGUGGAGCAGGACAAGCGUACCAAGAGGCGCAAGAUGGCUACUUUCGACGACGACUCCUCGGAUAACGACAGUGAUCCCGAGCUUGGGGGCGACGACGACGAAGAAACCCCUGCCCGAGGCACCUCAACAGCCACCCCUAGUCGCCGACCUACUCGGGCACGACCAACUCGCGGUGCUGCCAGCUCCGCUGUUCCCGACGAGGAGCCGGAAAGCCAGACUACCCGCACACAAACCCAGACAGACUCCCAGAUGUCCGUGGCAUCUUCGCACCCUGCCUCGCAACUCUUGGAAUCACAGGACGACGACUCCCAACCGACUGCCGCGGAGAUCACACCCGUCCGCUUUGCUCUCUUCCGCCAGACACUGGGUCCUCUCAUGGGUACUCGUGUCUUCGUCGAUGGCGAUCAGACUAAUGUUAAUGAUAUGAUCGAGGCUAUCAACACGGCUAUCCGUGCCUCGCCCAGCCAAGGUGCUGCGCACGUCUUCUCUCGCGCGGAGGCCAUUUCGGCUCUGCGCAAGAUGAAUGACGAGAACCUGCUAAUGUUCCUCGAGGAUGAUGACAACGUCUACCGUAUUUAA